AUGGAGCUCACGGAGUCCCCGUCGCCUCUCCGACCCGCGGACGAGAAUCCUCGAGUGCACAAAGGCGAUGGUGCGAAGAAGGUGCUCUCGGUGGAGCACAUCUACCAGAAGAAGACGCAGCUGGAGCACAUCUUGCUCCGGCCAGACACUUAUAUCGGCUCCGUGGAGAUGGUCACUCAGCAAAUGUGGGUUUUUGAUGAGGACGUGGGCCUUAACUGCAGAGAUGUAACCUAUGUGCCUGGCUUAUACAAAAUCUUUGAUGAGAUUCUAGUCAAUGCAGCAGACAACAAGCAGAGGGAUAAGAACAUGUCGUGCAUUAAAGUUGGAAUUGAUGUAGAGAACAACACAAUCAGCGUGUGGAACAAUGGGAAAGGUAUUCCAGUUGUUGAGCACAAAGUGGAGAAGAUGUAUGUGCCUGCUCUUAUCUUUGGGCAGCUACUAACAUCCAGCAACUAUGAUGACAAUGAAAAGAAAGUCACAGGUGGGCGAAACGGUUACGGAGCCAAACUGUGUAAUAUAUUUAGCAAAAAAUUUACUGUGGAAACUGCAUGUCGUGAAUACAAGAAGUUAUUUAAGCAGACUUGGACAGACAACAUGGGAAAGGCUGGUGAGAUGAAACUGAAAUAUUAUGAUGGCGAAGACUACACCUGUGUCACCUUCCAGCCUGAUCUGUCAAAAUUCAAAAUGACAAUCCUCGAUAAAGACAUUGUAGCCUUAAUGUGUCGCAGAGCGUAUGAUGUUGCUGGAUCCACAAAGGAUGUCAAAGUUUUCCUGAAUGGACAGAGGCUGCCUGUGAAAGGAUUCCGUAGUUAUGUGGACCUUUAUCUGAAGGAUAAAGUAGAUGAAACUGGUAAUGCACUUAAAAUUAUCCAUGAGGAAGUAAAUUCUCGGUGGGAAGUGUGUUUGACUUUAAGUGAAAAAGGCUUCCAGCAAGUUAGCUUUGUCAACAGCAUUGCCACCACAAAGGGUGGCAGGCACGUUGAUUACGUAGCUGAUCAGCUGGUGACUAAAUUAAUUGAUGUUGUGAAAAAGAAGAACAAAAAUGGAGUUGGAGUGAAGCCUUUCCAGGUGAAGAACCAUAUGUGGAUUUUUGUGAAUGCCUUGAUUGAAAACCCAACUUUUGACUCUCAGACCAAAGAGAACAUGACUCUGCAAGCAAAGAGCUUUGGCUCAACCUGUAAACUGAGUGAAAAAUUUAUUAAGGGUGCAGUUGGUUGCGGCAUCGUUGAAAGUAUCCUAAACUGGGUAAAAUUCAAAGCUCAGAACCAACUGAAUAAGAAAUGUUCAGCUGUGAAGCACACCAAGAUUAAGGGUAUUCCUAAACUGGAUGAUGCCAAUGACGCUGGAAGCAAGAAUUCUUUAGGUUGUACACUUAUCCUGACUGAGGGAGACUCAGCCAAAACACUGGCUGUUUCUGGCCUGGGAGUGGUUGGUAGAGACAAAUAUGGAGUAUUUCCACUCCGUGGGAAGAUCCUCAACGUCAGGGAAGCUUCUCACAAGCAGAUCAUGGAAAACGCUGAAAUCAACAACAUCAUCAAGAUUGUGGGUUUACAGUAUAAGAAGAACUAUGAAGAUGAGGAAUCUCUAAAGAGUCUUCGCUAUGGAAAGAUUAUGAUCAUGACAGAUCAGGAUCAAGAUGGAUCACACAUCAAAGGUUUGCUGAUUAACUUCAUCCAUCACAACUGGCCAUCUCUUCUAAGACACAACUUUUUGGAGGAAUUUAUUACUCCCAUCAUCAAGGUCUCUAAAAACAAAGAAGAGGUUGCAUUCUACAGUAUUCCUGAAUUUGAAGAAUGGAAAAACAGUACACAGAACUACAACACGUGGAAAAUCAAGUACUAUAAAGGUUUGGGUACCAGCACAUCAAAGGAGGCUAAAGAAUACUUUGCAGAUAUGGCUAAACAUCGAAUUGGCUUCAAAUAUUCUGGGCCUGCAGAUGAUGCUGCGAUCACCCUGGCCUUUAGCAAGAAGAAGGUAGAAGAGCGAAAGGAGUGGCUGACUAAUUUCAUGCAAGAUCGAAGACAACGGAAGAUGCGUGGUCAGCCAGAGGAAUACCUAUAUGGGAAAAAUACUAAUUACCUGACAUACAACGACUUCAUCAACAAGGAGUUAGUGUUGUUCUCAAACUCAGAUAACGAAAGAUCAAUCCCCUCACUCGUUGAUGGUCUGAAGCCAGGUCAAAGAAAAGUUCUUUUCACAUGCUUCAAACGAAAUGAUAAGCGGGAGGUGAAGGUUGCUCAGCUGGCUGGUUCUGUAGCUGAGAUGUCCUCAUACCAUCACGGUGAGGCAUCACUGAUGAUGACUAUUGUUAACUUAGCCCAGAACUUUGUAGGCAGUAACAACCUCAGCUUACUACAGCCUAUUGGGCAGUUUGGCACAAGGCUGCAUGGAGGAAAAGACUCAGCCAGCCCUCGAUACAUCUUUACAAUGCUCAGCCCCCUGGCACGGCUGCUGUUCCCACCUAUGGAUGACAAUGUCCUCAAGUUUCUGUACGAUGACAACCAGCGUGUGGAGCCAGAAUGGUAUAUUCCCAUCAUUCCCAUGGUGCUGAUAAAUGGAGCAGAGGGGAUUGGUACUGGCUGGUCCUGCAAGAUCCCCAACUUUGAUAUCAGGGAAGUUGUGAACAACAUCCGACGUCUAAUGGAUGGACAAGAGCCACUGCCAAUGCUGCCUAGUUACAAGAAUUUCAAAGGCACGGUAGAUGAGCUGGGACCUAAUCAGUAUGUGAUAAGUGGUGAAGUGUCUAUCCUUGAUUCUACAACCAUUGAGAUCACUGAGCUGCCUGUCAAAACGUGGACACAGACUUACAAAGAGCAAGUGCUGGAGCCAAUGUUAAAUGGGACUGAGAAGGCACCCCCACUAAUCACAGACUAUAAAGAAUAUCACACAGACACAACAGUGAAGUUUAUAGUGAAGAUGGCUGAGGGAAAACUAGCUGAAAUUGAAUCAGCGGGGCUGCAUAAAGUCUUCAAACUCCAAACAAAUUUAACAUGCAACUCAAUGGUUCUUUUUGACCACGUGGGAUUCCUGAAGAAGUUCGACACCCCCCAGGAUAUCCUUAAAGAGUUCUUUGAGCUCAGACUCCAAUACUACAAUCUGAGAAAGGAAUGGCUUAUUGGAAUGCUGUCAGCUGAGUCUGCAAAGCUGAGCAACCAGGCUCGCUUCAUCCUGGAGAAAAUAGAUGGCAAAAUUGUGAUUGAAAACAAACCCAAGAAAGAGUUGAUUCAACUUCUUAUCCAGAGAGGGUACAAAUCUGAUCCAGUGAAGGCUUGGAAGGAAUCACAAAGCAAGGAACGAGAUGAGGAAGAAGGGGAGGAGGAGGAGAGUGACAAAGAACCAACUGCAGAUACUGGACCAGACUUCAACUAUCUGCUGAACAUGCCCCUUUGGUAUCUGACUAAAGAGAAGAAAGAUGAGCUCUGCAAGCAAAGAGAUAACAAAGAAAAGGAGCUGGAAACCCUGAAGGGCAGGAGUGCCGUUGAUCUGUGGAAGGAAGACCUUACUAACUUUGUUGAACAGCUUGAUAUUGUGGAAGCCAAUGAAAAGCAGGAUGCAAUGGCAGGAUGUGUUGGUAAAGCUUUAAAAGUGAAAGGAGGGAAAGCAAAGGUGAAGAAGCCACAGCUGCCAGAAGUCUUGCCAUCACCUCAUGGUGUAAGAGUUGUUCCUCGAGUAACUGCAGAGAUGAAGGCAGAAGCAGAGAAGAGAACUAAAAAGAAAGUAAAGAGUGAAAAAAAUGAAAUGGAUGAGGCUCAAGGAGAAAACACGUCAAGAGACAAAGAGUCUGUAGCCCUUAAGCAGAGAUUAGUGCAGAGGUCAAAUCUUGCUCCAGGUGCCAAGAGACAGGCCACUCUACCAUUUAAGCCAUUACAGAAAGUGAAGAAACGAAACCCUUGGUCUGACUCAGAGUCUGAUUUGGAGUCCGAUUUUGAGACCCCUCCUCGAAGAGAGAGGGUGGUUCGCCAAGCAGCAGCCAAAGUCAAGGACGUGAUCAUUUUGGAUUCGGACGCAAGUCCCUCCGGCUCAGACGAGGAGCCUGAACUGCAGGGCAGCAGCGAAAGCGAGGCUGAGUCGGUUACAAGCUUGAAGGAAAAACCUCCCAAGCCCAGAACUGCUCUAAAGAGAACCACUGUAAAAGCAGCUAAAGCUCCCAAGCAAAAAGCAGUGUCAAGUGCUGUGCCUGUUCCAGGCGAAGAUGUUGCGAAUGAAAACGUGAGUCAAGAGCCUGACGCUCCUUCUGUUUCUGCACCUCACAGUAAGACCACAGCUAAAAAGUCUGUUGCAGCUAAGGCCAGUGCCGCUAAGGUUCACCAGCCAUCCAUCGUGGAUAUUCUCAGCAAGAAAAAGGCUGCACCCAAAUCCAAGCAGACAGAGGCCAAGGAGGGAUCCCAGGGUGCUGAGACCAGAACGGCGGCUGAGACGAAGCCAGGCCAGGCCAGGGGCCGAAAGGCUACCAAAAGGCAUCAAAUCUCUUCAGAUUCUGAUUCAGAUUUUGGCUUGAAGCCUUCCAAAUCCAAUGUAGCAAAGAAACCCAAAGAUGACGACGGUUUUGCCGUCAAUAGCAGCGCCCGGACCGACAGCUCUGUGGCAGCAGCGCCCUGCACCAGGCCUGGCCGCCUCAAGAAGCCCGUCCGGUACUUGGAGUCAUCCGACGAGGACGAGAUGUUUUGA